CAUGCAGAGUAAAUUAUAGUAAUAAUAUCAUUAUUCAAAACAAGCUAUUUCACCAGCACUUCGUUGAAUUUUAUCACAUUUCAAACUAUUCACGGGCGGUGGUUGCCAUGAAGCAUACAGUCGUUUCAUUUGAAGUCACCGAUCGGGCGAAAAAUGUAUUCAAAAUGGCAAGUUUCAUCAAAUUCGUUUCGUUCGCGGUAUCUCUUGAUAGUUUCAAGCUUGACAAUCAUUGCAAUCUACACCGUUUAUCAAAUCGGAAGUGAAUUUAUAAGUCAUCAGCUCAUGAUAGAGCUUUACUCGCCCAACGACACUGCAAAGAGGGCGAUUGUGGCGAAAACUUGCUUUUUACUAACGCCAGAAUUGAUUUCGAAUCAAUCAGUUGAGCCUAUGAAUUUCCAAUCUCGAAACGGCAACAUAACUUUAUUUGAGGAUAUUUUCGCGGCAGAAAAGCAACCGACCCUAGAUCGAACGAUAUUUUUUAUUGAGUCUUCUUGCGUCAGAAAUGGAUUAGCUGCUCUAAAUGCAAGGCAAGCGUGUGCGAUUGAAUCAGCUGCCCGUUGGAAUCCACAUCGAGAUAUUUUUGUAUUGUUUGCUUCGCAAGUUGGAUUUUCAGAAGAAUUGUCAUCAUCAACUAUGAAAUCACUGCGUUUGUACCAAAAUAUCUAUUUUCGUCGUAUAAAUUUUCGCAACUACUCGAUGGGCACGCCAGCGGAGAAAUUUUUCAGCAAAGACACAAUUUUUGAAUCGGAAUACCUCAUUGAAACCUUCUCGGAUUUGCUAAGAUAUUUAACACUUUACCGAUUUGGUGGCAUUUAUUUAGACACUGACUCAGUCGUUCAGCAGAAUCUGGACCAUUUGCCAGCCAAUUUUGCUGGCAAGGAAACGGGAAAGUUUGUAGCUUGUGGAGCAAUUGGACUCACCAGUGACGGCCUUGGUCAUAAAAUUGCUGGGAUUAUCAUUAAAACGGUGUGUGACAAUUUUAAUCCAAAAAUUUGGGGUAACACUGGACCAGAUGCCAUAACUCUGUCUUUGUUCAAGAUUUGCAAUGUGACCAAAGUCAGUGAGAUGAAGCCAGAAAUUUGUUGGCGUUUCAAUGUUUUGCCCGAAGGAGCAUUCUAUCCUAUUCCUUAUUCACAAUGGGAGCGAUAUUUUGAUGCCCGGUUCACAAGUGAAGUUUUACAAAAAUCCAAUAAAUCAAUUGCCGUCCACUUUUGGAAUAGACUUUCGUCACAACAACCAAUUUUAAAGGAUUUCCACAACGAGACGCUUAUUAAAAUGUACCUAGACCGGCUGAACAAAACUGAAAAAAAUCAAAUUCCAAUCGGAAAAACGGCAUAUGGAGUUAUUGCAAAGAGAAACUGCCCACGGGCAUAUGAUUCAUCAGGCGAUCUAUUUUAAAGUACGCUGGAAUAAUGGACAUUUAAAUCAAUGUAAACUUCAUUCGCCUUUAACAAAAUUUAUUUUAAUUCUAUCCAUAUUAUUCGUAAAAUCUCAAUCAUGUUUACCAUCUGAUGAUAAUAAGUGCGCCCCUAUUCUCAGAAAUAUUUUCGAUCAAAAAAUCGUUUGAUUUGCGCUGUUUUUCUUGUGUUAUUCAUUAAAUAAUUCGUAUGAGUGAACAACAAUAUAUAUUUUAUGGAGUAAUCAAAAGUUUUUC